CCCAGUCAUCCACCGGAAGUAAAUUUAAUGACGGAGAGGGAUUUUUAAACAAAUAGAAUGGCUGAUUAUAUUAAGAGCAAUGAUUACAUGUUGUAUUUGCCCAAUGAAAGGCUGAAAACUUUCAAGAGUUGGCCUCUUGGUUUUGAUUGCAACUGUACACCCGACAAGUUGGCUGCUGCUGGAUUUUUUCACUGUCCAACAGAGGAUGAGCCUGAUGCGGUGCGAUGCUUUUUCUGCAUGAAGGAAUUAGAUGGAUGGGAACCAAAUGAUGAUCCCUGGGCAGAACAUCAAAGUCAUUCACCAAAAUGCCCUUUCCUCAUUAUUGGCAAGAAAGCCAUGGAAUCUUGGACUGUGGCAGAAUUUUCAGAUCUUCAUCAAAAGAGCAUGGAAAACAAAAUUAACAAAGUCAUGGACAUACACAUUGCUACCUACAGAGAAAAGAUGAAAACACAACGACUUGAGAUCCAGAGACACUUCAAGAGGAAGUGAUGACAUUAACAUUCAUGCAUAUGAAUAUUCAUUGGACAGCAGAAACUGUUGGAAAUAUGCCAACACCAUACAUAUAAUAUUACACACUUCCUCAGUUUUUUGUAAAAAUGUUUGAUACAUAGUUUUGUAUUUUAGAAGGAAAAGUCUCAUUCUGUGAGACACACCUGUCCCUGUGAGAUAUGAUUCUCAAAAUGUUGCUUCUUUGUGAUUAUGUACAAUGUAUGUGUGAGAGAGAGAGAGGAUGAGAGUUUUUAGUGUAAUGUGCAGAAUUGACUGUUUUAAAAAAAAUAAUAAACCUGUUACUGAA